GGGGGAUGAACCGCAGUGACUUCAUGCCUCCUGCAUCUGCAUAGAUAGGCGGAGUUGCAACUUUGGUAGGAACUUCCAAAUUCCAACAAAUGCAAAGGCGAUGCAGUACAGGAUGAAGCGCACCGUUACCGGAGAAGAGAAAACCCGUUAUUUCUCUAUGAGAGAGUGAGGAAAUCGCAGAUACGCAGAACUGUGCUCAUGUUCCCCACUACGCUCUGGAUGCCUGGCUUGGUACGCGUCGUGUAAUCUAGGUACCGAUAUGUUGAUGUGAACUGCCUGAAUAAAGAGAAACUCAGGACACCCCCCUCCCACAGAGAGCCUCUAUAAUAGCAGCACAUUGUGAGUAUAGAUGAUGACUUCUUCUGUCUGCCGACAUGAGGUCCAGCGGAGUACUGAAUAGCCUCAGUGGCACCCCGACCUCGUGACUGACCUGUUUGAAAGCCCAGUCCAUGGUUCUGUAGAGCAGCAUCCAGGCUGAGCGGCAGGCAGCCUCGGUGGCUGCCAUGUUCGAAUACUAAUCAUCCUAGCAAAGCAGAGCCAUGACAAGCUUAAAGCGAUCACAGACAGAACGAUCUGUUGGAGGUUCCGUCCCCGCCACGGAUGAGUUUUAUACUCGCCGCCUGCGCCUGCCCAAUGGAGGGGCACCGCCCCCUCGCAGCGAAAGUGCCCACUUGUCUGGGUGCACACCUGGGGUGCCGAAAAUGGGUGUACGGGCUCGAGUGGCUGACUGGCCUCCACGUAAGGAUGGAGGAGGCGUGUGGCACAUUACCGUGGAAACUGACUCCCCCAGCACCGUCGGAGGAACACCGAGUAAUCUUUCAUCUAAACUUGGCCACUUAGUCAGCCCUCAGGACUCGUCCAUGCUGCGCAACAUCCAAAACACGCUGAAGAGCAAGAUGCAGAGUGCCAGCCGUGGGAAGGACAACCGUUUCCUGUCUCCCGAUGGCUAUCUUGGGUCCCCUCGCAAAGGCAUGCGGCGCAUCCGACAACGGAGCAACAGCGACAUCACCAUCAGUGAGCUGGAUGGAGAUGGGGCUGAAGGAUGGUCCUUUUCGGGGUGGACCCCCAUGCAUAGGGAGUAUGGCAGCACAUCCUCUAUCGACAAGCAUGGCUCCGGGGAAAGCUUUUUUGACAUGCUCAAGGGUUACCAUAGUGACCUACCAGACCAGCGUAGUUCAGUAUCUGAAAAACUGGGGGAGUUAUUUAGCGUAGCCCCCAAACUGGCGGGAUUAGACCUUCCCGAAGGACCAAUAGGUGUCCAGCGAGGUAGCCCCUCAAGUCGCUUAAAGGAGAGGGAGAAGCCCCUCAAAAAGCGAUCAAAGUCAGAAACAGGAGGCGAGUCCAUAUUCCGGAAAUUACGCAGCGCUAAAGGGGAUGGCUGUGAUUCCCGAGCCGGAUCGGACGCAGAGGACGGCCGGUCUGAGGAUGGCGGCCCGCCUGCCAAGCCGUGGGUCUGCCAGAAGGGCUUUGCACAUUUUGACAUUCAGAGCCUCUUCUUUGACCUGAACUCAGCCACUCAAAGUGGACAAGCGGCCAUCAAGCGCAAGAAUAUGACCACUGGCGCCUCAGCCGCUGCAGCUGCCUCUGCCUCUACUACCUCAUCAGCCUCCUCUGUCCAAAGUGGGGCAUCCAGCUCCCCCUGUGGCAGCCAGGAGGAGCUCAGCUUAAAGGACAGCCCCACCCUGGACCCCGGUGAUGACAAGAGUAACGAGCUUUUGCUCAGCUGUCCCUGCUUUCGCAAUGAGAUCGGGGGCGAGCUUGAGCGAGAUAUCAGUCCCUCCAAAGCAGGCAGCAUCGGCAGUGGGGGAUCUGCAAGCGGAGAGGACAGCCCCUUUGAGUCCUCGCUCAGUUCCCGCUGCCCAAAUGCUGCGUUAGCCAUCCUGGAGGCCCCCAAGGACAGUCAGGGCAUGUUUAAUGAGUGGGGGAAGCGCUACUUCUUGGAACACGUGGACCUGGGCUCUUGUUACUAUAGGAAGUAUUUCUACUUAAGAGAGCACUGGAACUACUUCGGGAUAGAUGAGACACUAGGACCAGUGGCCGUGAGCCUUCGCAGGGAGAAGCUGGAGGACCACAAAGACCAUGGUCCGCAGUAUAACUACCGCAUCAUCUUCCGUACCAGUGAGUUGACAACACUACGGGGGUCCAUCCUUGAAGAUGCCGUACCCUCGUCCUCCAAGCAUGGUAUGCCACGAGGCUUACCUUUGAAGGAGGUUCUGGAGUACCUAGUACCGGAGAUGAACACCCACUGCUUGCGACUGGCCCUUAACACACCUAAGGUCACCGAGCAGCUGAUGAAGCUGGAUGAGCAGGGGCUUAACUUCCAGCUAAAGGUUGGGGUGAUGUACUGCCUGGCAGGGCAGGGCAGCGAGGAGGAGAUGUACAACAAUGAAGCGGCAGGACCAGCCUUAGAAGAGUUCCUGCAGCUGCUGGGGGAGCGUGUAAGACUCAAGGGCUUCACCAAGUACCGCGCUCAGCUCGAUACAAAAACAGACUCUACAGGCACACAUUCGCUCUUCACCACCUACAAGGACUAUGAGAUCAUGUUCCAUGUGUCCACCAUGCUGCCCUACACGCCCAACAACAAGCAGCAACUCCUGAGGAAGCGACAUAUUGGGAAUGACAUUGUCACCAUCGUGUUCCAGGAGCCCGGCGCCCAGCCCUUCACCCCUAAAAACAUCCGCUCCCAUUUUCAGCACGUGUUUGUCAUUGUCCGUGUGCACAACCCCUGCUCUGAAAGCACCUGCUACAGUGUGGCUGUCACACGAUCGAAGGAUGUACCCCCCUUUGGGCCCCUUAUACCCAAGGGUGUGACUUUUCCCAAGUCAUCUGUGUUCCGGGACUUUUUGCUGUCUAAAGUGAUCAAUGCCGAAAACGCUGCACACAAAUCGGAGAAGUUCCGGGCCAUGGCCACACGAACGCGUCAGGAGUAUCUGCGGGACCUCGCAGAACACCAUGUGACAAGCACGCCUAUUGACUCCUCUGGCAAAUUCCCCUUCAUCUCACUGGCUCACAAGCGCAAAGAGAAGAGUCGGCCCUACAAUGGGGCAGAACUUCGAAGUCUGGGUGCCGUCACAUGGUCUGUGCUUGCAGAGGACCAUAGCACGGGUGGCCAGCUGGACUGCCUGUUGGCUAUAUCCAAUGAAUUUCUCGUCCUCCUGGACACUGAUGCUAAACUACUUGUGUUCAACUGUCUAGUGCAGGAUGUGAUUGGCUGGACACAAGUCAAUGCCACCUCCAUGAAGAUCUUCUAUGAACGUGGUGAAUGUAUCUCUCUGCGCUCCAUCAACAAUAACACAGAAGACUUUCGUGAGGUCAUUUUGCGUCUGGAGUUACUGACCAAAGGCUGUGGAACUAUGGAGCUGACCCUGCGGCGGAACGGUCUGGGCCAGCUGGGGUUCCACGUCAACUACGAGGGCAUCGUGGCUGAGGUGGAGCCCUACGGCUACGCUUGGCAGGCAGGCCUGCGGCAGGGCAGCCGCCUAGUGGAGAUCUGCAAGGUGGGAGUGGCCUCACUGUCCCACGAGCAGAUGAUCGACUUGUUGCGCACCUCAGUCACAGUGAAAGUCGUGGUCAUCCCUCCACACGAGGACACUACACCACGCAGAGGCUGCACAGAGAUGGCCCAUACGGCUGGCGAGCACAAGGCCACGGAGGGAGUCCCAUAUGAAUGCAAGUUCCCCUUCCGCAGCAACAACAACAAGUGGCAGCGAACUUCCAACAGCCCCCAGCAGUCUCUCACGGCUUCCCCGCAGAGCCACGGGGGCACACCAAGCCGUACCGUUAGCCUUGGGGGUAGCAUGGGGAAGGCCCUGUCUGCGGAGCGCCCAGAGAGGGUAGCUGCCAUUCCCCGCAGCGUUUCCAGCGAUGGACGACCUCUUGACCCCAAAAGGAUUUCUCCAAGCUCGGAUUCCUAUGGCCUUUCCCCAGCCAUGAUUGCGGGCCGCUCGUCUCAUAAUCGCCUGUCUCCCAGUAGCCUCUCCUUCUCCAGUGAUGCCAGUUCUGGAAGCUCUGCCCACUGGCGCCAAAAGUCUAUGCCUGAAGGAUUUGUGAACAACCGACCAUCUUCACUCUGUCUGGACACACAAAGCACUGGAGAGACAGGCGGUGGUGGGAGGACCUCAGGCAAUCGGCUGCGAGUGGAGGAGGGUGGGGCGGCGCCUGCAGCAGAAAGAGGCUCAGCAGACCUGCCAGUCAGUAAGUCCGGCCAGCCCUACUCUGGUGCCCCCCGGAUUCAGAGACAGGAGCAGGUCAUACAUAUCUCCCCCAAGAAAAUUAGCCAGAGUGAAGCAUCGUACUCCGGGCACUCCAGCAGCACUACAAUGUCCAGCAACACAUCCAGUAGCACACACAGUGAGGACAAAUGGUAUGAAGCAGGCAGCAUGGGGGAGCAGUCUGACCCCGACCAUAGCGGCUAUGGGGGCGAUGGCCUGCAGGACGGUGGCACUGAUGGUACAUCUUGUGGGGCCAUCCAUGGCGCUUCUAGUUCCAUCCUGGUCACUGGGUCUGUACCCCCAAAAGAGAGACCUUCCUCAGCCUGGCAGCCCAGCUCCUCAGAGGGAAGUCGUCGCCAGCUAGAGCGGUCCCUGCAGGUUGCAGAGUCCUCGAUUCCUCCAGGGGCAAUCGAGCCUGCAUCCCGAGCUCCAUCCAGCCUCAUCAGCAUGGCCUCCCAGUCAAGUUCCAGACGCUGUGGUAGUCCCCUGGUCCUGAAAUCUAGCCGCAGCACUCGUGAAGAUUCAUCUCUGGCUGCCUCCUCUUCACAAAACUCUGCCAUGCAGGGCCCAAAAUCCUUUUAUCCAAGACAGGGUGCUACCAGCAAGUACUUGAUUGGCUGGAAAAAACCAGGUGGCACCAUAAACUCUGUGGAUUUUGGGGACACACGCAAGCGACCCCAGAAUGAUGGACAGGAUGGUGGGCUACCUCAGUCGAGAUCCUCCCCUAGGGAAAUUGUCAUAGCCACCACAGAAGAGAAAGCUAUCCCAUUGGACAUCUCGCCUCCUAGACACAAGCACUCCAAAACUUCAUCCAGCCCGCAUGCCUCGCCAGCUCGGCACUCCCUGCACCGCACACUGUCAGAUGAGAGCAUCUACCGAGGCACAUGCAGGUCGGCACUGGGCAGCCCCCUGCUGGAGCCCGAAUCGCCUAGUGAUGUCCUCUUCAGCUGCUCCACUAUGCCGCGCUCCCCGACGACCCGCGGGCCACCCCUCCGCCGGCCCUCCUACAAGAUGGGCGUGAAACUGCACGGUGAUUUCUCAGCCUCUGACACCUCCCUGGCGGACCUGCACGAUCGUCGGAGCCCACAGCACCUGGGGCCGACUUUGAUGCCGCUCCCAGCUACCCACUCCAGCGGUGGGCUAGGAUGGACCAGCCUGGUCGACUGCGCAGAUGUCUUUGACAUCCGGAGUUCUGCAUUCUUUCCGAGUCAAGAGUCGAACAUCAGAGUAGAGACACCAUCCUCCAGCCCCAAGCACGGUGAACGGCAGCUGGACCUGCAGUCGAGCUCCUCUGCCAGCUGUGAUGCCUCCGCUGGCCUGGCUGGUAAAGUAACUCAGCUGGAGUCUUUGGUAAAACGGCUACAGGAACAUCUAAAAAAGGAGAGGGAAGAAAAGAUGAUGUUGCAGACCCAGAUCCAAAGUCUACGUCAAGAAAACCAGCGUCUGCUGCAAGAAUCCCAGACGGCCUCAGCUAAGCUCAAAAAGUUCACAGAGUGGGUCUUCAACACUAUUGAUAUGAGCUAAUCCAGAGUGGGAAGAAGGAAAAGUCUUUUGGCACCGUCGUAAUAGAACCAAGGUAGACUCAUCCAGAAUUCCGGUUGAAUAUGGGCAUUGUAGAGCUUAUUUAAAACUUCUUUUUCCAUCACAGGGUUAAAUGUACAGUGUCUGUUUUUGGGAAUCGAGCCAAUUUUAAUGUUUUUUUGUUAGAUCUUCUUGAAUAUUUAUUGGUUUAAUGUUUUAUUUAUAAGUAAUCCAGACACUCAUGGAUGCACAGGAUAUUCUGCCUUCAGUUUUAGAUUUUAACUUGUGUUCAGAGCCAACUGAAAAUACGUAUAUUGUCUCUUCUGGACACAUUUUAUAAAGAGAACUUAUGUUGUACGGAAGAUAAAGGAUAUCAGUAGCCUUCUAUGUUCUCUGUCAGGGAAAUCAGGGGGACAGGAGAAGGGGGCAGGACCAGCAUAACCUUUUCUAGAUGCAACUGGGAGUGUCAUAUACUUUGAGUUACAAUACGGUCAAUAUCUAUUUGGGUAUGUGGUUUGACAUUCUAAAAUUAUGAGUAUAAUACAGAUGAAGAAAUCAUUUUAGUGACAAACUGAAGAUUUGGAAUCUUUUAGAUGUUUUGCCUUGAGUAUUAUACUUGGGUUACAGUAAUUAUUGGAUAUUUAUUUAGAGGGCUAAAAAGCUGUAAGAUAGCAUUCUAGAAUUAUCUAACAGAAAUUCCGUAUCCGUAUGCAGUUUGAAUUUCAUUUUCAAAAUAAAUACAAUUUAAAUACAGUAAUGUGAAGACAGAAAACCAAUAUUUGUAAAUCUAAGUAAAAUAGAUCUAAGAAGUGGGUAGAAAAAGGCAAAGGAGAGAGAGAGAAAUAGGGACAGAAAUAGUGCAGUGACAACCACCUAGCAGAGAAGGGGAAGGCAAAGACUGGAGUCACAGCCUCAUUAAGUGGCUCGGCAGAGAAGGAUAAGAUGAUUACAGAUGAUGGUGAAUAUCUGUAUUUAGCAAAGACUUUCUUUCUGAUAGAAACUUAAGCCGCAGGCAGUAUUGCAUAAAUGAAAGCAUUGGUGAGGAAACACAAACAUUCACUUUUACCACUCUUCAUUUCUUCAAACUAAACUCUGCUGCCAGCUUAUUACAAAGGAUUAUUGGGAUAUAUUAUGUUCUUUUUUGAAAUGGCUUAUUGAGUGCGAUGCUUUAAAUACAUAUUUAUAGACCAUAAAUUAAUGAUGAUAGUAAAUUAUUGUGAUACCCUAAAUUUACUGCUUACGGUGCUGAAAAGCAUAAUGGUUUUGUUAAUGUUGUUGGCAGGUAAUGCAGCAACCUGUUUAGUUAUAACUGCCAUCUUAACCUGACCUGCAUAAUCAAUACUCAGAGAAAAAAAGGACUCCAGACAUAAUUCAGUAGAUAUGUUCUAUAGAAAUAAGGUCAGCAAAUACAUUCCCUGAUGAAUAUGAAAACAUUUUGAUAGUGAUAUAAUGCAUUUUGUAAGGUUUGCUUAACCUCAUCUCACCUUUUCACCAUUUUCCUGAAGAUAGUUAACAGAUGUCAUACAUCACUUAAAAAUGACCAUUAUCAUCAUCCAUAUAAUGAAUUGAAUCUGGACCACAUAAGAAUGGGUUGGCAAAUUUGUUUGAGCAUCCUAUUCUUGGAACUUGUUGUUUGUUAUAGACAACCCAUUGCUUAGUCAGAAGUCACCUAAACGGUUGAGGAGACCACUCUUCUCAGUCACACCCUCCAAGUAACGCUAUUAUUCCCCACAUUCAAGCACCUUACCUAGUUUUUCCAGGAUGGCUACUGACUCCUGUAAUUUUUAUUUAUUGCCAUACUUUCUAUAGGACUUUCAAUAUGGGGAACUCUAAAAUAGCUGGGACUCCAUCUGUAAUUGAGAGGUUUUGCUCUAGAACCCAUUCUAUGUGUAGAUGGAAGGUGGACUAGCUGAUACCCUUCACCCUCCAGAGGUAAUAUUCCACUUUCCCAAAGCCAGUGUCUAUUGCCAAGGCCUGGUCUGUCUGCAUCCUCCCCUCUCGUACUUGCCACCCAAAAAACACCACAAUGACUCCCAUCAUUCAUCAUGUGGAUGGUGAGGCCUUAGUAUGGCUGCACAUAGUGAGUUCAGGUGGAGCCCAAUUGGGUUCCUUGGUAGCCUGUUCCCAGGCACUUGCCAUGUGAAAUUCAUGAUAAUCGCAGGAAAAUGGAUGACUAUUAAUAUUUAUUACAAGAAGAUGUAAAUAUAUACAUUUAAUAUUUAAUGAUCUAUUUAUGGUAGCUCAUCUUAUCAGACAUCAAAACAUGACCAGCUACCCUGUUGCUUUUACAUGUUUAGUUCGUGAAAACUGCUAUACAAAUUUAAAAAAACUAGCACCAUUCUGUCAAAUGCAACAGAGGAACUACCACAGAUUUAAGUGCUUUUGUUUAAAGACUCUUCAUCCUGCUGUAAAAUAAGGCUAUUUGAGUUAUGUUGGUCAUGCAGCCUUACAUAAUGAAAUCAGUGUGAUCAUUUCUCCAAAAAAAUGAUAAAAUAGAACAAAUGGAUGGCAAUACUCUAUGGAUGGUUAUGUUGGGAAAUCUGUCAGUGAUGGGUAUCAUUAGCGAAAACUCUGUAGAAAUUAUGCUAAUAUAUUGACAUUUUGCACAAAUUAAUUAUGUCAAUGAUAGCUACAUGUACAAAUAAUGUUUGAGUAUAUUUUAGCUAUGUUGUUUGAGUAUGUUUUAGUUGCAGUGUCAUACUGUGCAGUUAAUUUGUUUUAUACAUGAAGUAUUUCUCCAUUACAUUGCCUAAAAAAGCUUGCUAUUCAUUAGUUUUGAUUUACACACAGUUUAGCGGCACUGUGCAAUGAACAUGCUUCUUAGUUACCAGAAUUUUUUGGCAUCAGCAAAUAGGUUUGCAUGUCAUUUUUGUGGUGGCAUUUUAGUGGAACAGCUGCUGUCUAGAUAACCACACACCUGGCCAUUACACUGCAGUAGCGGAUAUGCCUCAUUGGCUCUGUGCGUGGGAGGUAGCUAUGGGUAUAUGUUUAGUUUCUUAUGGCAACACUGAUGCAAUAAUAAGACAUUAUUUGAAUAUAAAAUAAUGAGGCAUUCUCUGAAUUUGAUGAUUUUUAACUGAUUAUGUCUGUUUUAUCAAUAAAUUUUGUAAACAUAAAGCAUAAAUCUUUCACAGAUUAAAAUUUUAAUAAGAUUAUUAUAUGUGAACAUAAGAGAACCAUUGACAAGUCGUGAUUGUUGACUUCAAUGGAUAUAAGCUGCCAUAGACAAGUUGUGGACUCAGGGUUAUCUGCUCAGGUCCAUGUAUAAAGCUGCUUCCCUGACCUGUGAGGAGCCUGUGAGUGCAUGUAUGAUUUAUCAAGAAGCCGUACAAAUCAAGGGAAUCAUUUUACAAGCACAGCUUUACAAAUGGCACCAUGUACAUUAUCAUAUUCUGAUACUAUUUUAGUGGCAUGGGUGAUGCUUGUGCAAGACUAAAAAAUAUAUACUAGAUUUGCAACUAAACCUUGUUGCAACACGAAAUGGUCUGCAAAAAAAAUCUGCCUUUCAAUUAGUUUUUAUGUCAUGGACAGACAUUUUUAAUCAACUGAUUGUUGUACAUUAUACUGUACAGUUUUUAUUAAAAUGGAAGACAAGAAGUUUUUCCUUUGUUAAGAGUGAUCCAUAAUUGCAGAAUAGACUCAUGCCCAAAAAGCCUGGGAAUGUCACAUUUAUAAAUGCCUGGGAAACACUUUAUAAAAGUGUUGGCUUAGCAGAAACGUUUUUCAUCCCAGUGGUUUACAUAGCUUACAACUUAAUGUCUUUAGUAUGUGUAAAGACAUACUGUGACGACAAUCGUCUUGCUUUACCAAACCAUCUCAAGGACUAUUUAUGUUAAAUAAUGAUAAAAAGGUCAAUACGUUGAACACAUUUCUUUUACAAAUAAUUGUGUGUAAAGUAAAAUUGGUGUCAAAUAUUAGUUAAUUGAAUAGUUAGGAGCUCCCAUUUUGACUUAAAGUUCUAUUACAUAUAUUUACAUGAUUAAAAGAUGCUGUUUAUUUCUGUGAUGUUUGUGAAGCUGUGAAAUGGACUGCUAGCCUUAUAUUGUGUUGCUACUGUACAGUACAACAUGUGACCUCUGCAACUGCAAGCAUUAUAGGCAAAUUUGUGAUCUAUUAUCACAUUUGAUAGAUUGUAUUUUGACCAUAUUUGUCAGAAUCUAUAAGCCAUUAUUCAUGCUCAGUUGUAUUGACAGCUUCUUUGGUGAUGACAAGCCUGUGUAGUGCAAUGGGCUAAAAGCAAUCUACAGUCUGUGAUUAUCUCUCUUUUCCUCAAUGGUGUUCUCACUGAGAAGUGAGUGUUCCCUAAUUCAGUUGUAGUGGCUACGGAAAACAUUGAAAAUAAUUGAAUGCGUCAGUAAAUUUCAGGUUGGGUGAUUGCCUGCGUACCUUUAUCUAUUUGUGUUUUGUUUUUCCUCUGUCUGUUGUUUACAGUCAGCUUAAAUAGUUGCCCCCUCCCACAUAUGACCACUACUUAAAAUUGGAGCCCUACAUGUGAAUGCUUACCUCUUUUGUUUCUUUGAGUUUUGUUCCAUAUUAUUAUAAACAUCCCAUAGAAAUAUUAAUUUAAUAUCAUUUUCGUGUAUGAUUUACAUCUACUGUAUUUGUAUUAAAGCUGCUUUCAUUGUGCAUGUUUUUCUCUCAAUAGUAUUCUUCUUUCUCCCGAUGUACAAAAUGUUCUUAAAAUGUUAGAUUGUGUGUAUUUACAAGAAUAUAUAUAC